AUGCUGCGGUCUUGCCGCAUGGAAUCAAUCAAGAGCAUUGACGACUAUGUUAUAGACGCGAACUUGGAUACAUUGCGCGACGGAAAAGACAGGUUUUCUCCUGUCAUCAGCGGUGGUGUGAAAAAUGUUUUGACUACGGAUGGAACUGUUGUCAGUCGGUUCCUGAGUCAAGUAGCCCAGAAGCAAAACCAGGAUGCAAUAUGUUGUAUUGGUGGAAGCAUGACUUACGCUGAGCUUGAUGAUUACUCGUCACAAUUGGCAGAGCGGCUCUUUCUCAGAGGUCUCCAGAAGGAAAAUAUCGUUUUGUGUCGUUUCACCAAAUCGCCCUGGGCCAUAGUCUCCUUCUUGGGCAUUCUCCGUGCUGGUCUAGCAUUCACACCCAUCGACCCUUCUCACCCAGCAUCCCGAGUUCAACAGAUAGCUAAGGACACAGGAUCAACUUUGAUUCUUGUUUCUGAAAAUUGUCCUGGAGAAGACGAACAGAUUGAAUCCUGGAAGAUUGACUCACAGUUUUUCCACUCACUUGGCCAAGAAUUCAAUGGUAAACUGCCAGUCAUUGAAAGAAUGGAUCUAGCCUAUGUGUACUUCACUAGUGGGUCGACUGGUCGACCGAAGGGAGUGAUGAUUGAACACGGAUCGAUGUGCACAAGUCUUGUCGCCCAUGGUGAACGAUUGAAUAUAUCUUCAACGUCACGCGUUCUUCAGGCAACUUCCUUCACUUUUGACCCCUGUCUGACUGAGAUUUUUGCAACUCUUAUACAUGGGGGUUGCAUAUGUGUUCCUGAAAAUCUGAGUAGACUCUCUGCGACAGUUAACCAAUUAGCUGUUAACUGGGCAUUCUUUACACCAUCUACCAUAUCCUUACUGGAGCCAGAUGAGGUUCCGACACUGAAAACAAUUGCAGUCGGCGGUGAAGCUUUAACCCAAGAAUGCAUUGACGCCUGGGCCUCUAGAGUUCGUUUGUUCAACAGCUACGGGCCUACAGAGGCUUCUAUCUUUUGCAGCAUCGCCAUUACAGGGCCAAGAACACGGCGAUCCUGUAUUGGUCACGCUGUGGGCUGCCGUACUUGGAUAGUGAGAUUGACUGAUCAUAAUACGCUGGCUAAUAUCGGUGAGGUGGGUGAGCUUAUUAUUGAAGGAGAAACGGUCGCACGUGGGUACCUGAACUCCCCCAAGGCAACGGCAGCCGUUUUCGUGACGGAGCUUGCGUGGGCAACUUCUAAAGCAGCUUCAGGUCGUGCAAGAAGAUUCUACAAGACGGGAGAUCUCGCACGGCUGAGUUUAGAUGGCACCAUAGACUGCCUCGGUCGCCGAGACAGACAAGUGAAAGUCCGUGGUCAACGACUAGAGCUGGGGGAUAUCGAAAGCCAUAUUAAAAAACACCUGGGUAAUGGGAUCCAGAACGUCCGCGUGGACUUGAUAAGAAUUCACAAAGACACGGCCGAGCAGCUCGUUUCAUUUGUUGUCUUGAGUUCUUCGGUCGGUGCAAUAACAGAAUCUGGCACAUGGAAAGUUUGGUGCUCUGAGCUGCGAGAGCAUUUGUUGAACCACAUUCCAUCUUACAUGGUGCCAAGCGAGUUUAUCUCUAUACAAAGUCUGCCCACUACGUCCAAUGGAAAGGUUGAUCGAAGUGCUUUGAUGGAAAUAUUCAAGACCAGGUACAGUGAUGUCGCACUAAAAUCAACAUCAAGCGACCACAUCAAUAAACAUGACGCAUCUGGGUCUGUACACAAUCUUUUCGGCGUCGAAGUAUCUCAUGUACUCUCCCUGGACCCGUCGUGUAUCGACUUUGGCAGAACCUUCUGCGAUCUUGGGGGAAAUUCACUUCUGGCUAUAAAGCUUGUCUCACGCCUACGAAAAUCGAAUAUCCACCUCAGCACCAGAGACAUCUUACGGGCCACUUCCCUUUUGGAACUGUCCAAUAAGGCUGAUUCCACCGCUUCUAAUAAGGCCGCGGCUCUCGGUACCCUCAAAGACGUCAACCUACUCUCCUCAACUCCUGCAUUCGCUGGCGAGCUACAGGCCUGGGUUGCAUCUCAAUGUAAUACUCGAACUGAAGAUAUUGAGGGUGUUUAUCCCUGUACAUCUUUUCAGGAGACUUUGAUUCCGUCAUUGACAAGCCAGCCAACAACAUUUGUCGCCCGAUACGUAUUCAAGCUUCGAGAUGACAUUGAUCUUGGUCGGUUCAAGAUGUGCUGGGAAGACGCGUACCGGAUCUUUCCUAUCUUGCGCUCUCGCUUUGUUAUCGCACCGAAACAAGGUGCAGUACGGGCAGUGGUUCAAAGCACUAUUACCUGGAACAACGAGGAAGGCUUCGACCGGGCAGCGGGACUGAAAGUCAUGGAGAAUAUGGACAUUGGAACCGAACUUUCAGUCUUUUCCCUUGCCUCUUGUGACGUUGGUCGCUGGGAAUUUGUCUUGAUAAUGCACCACUUGAUUUUUGACGAGUGGUCUCUCCAGCUUUGUCUAGAAUACGUGGCUCAGGUUUACGAAGGCUUGAAGCCGCCGGAUUCCACGCCAUUAUUCGAUGGUUUUGUAGGGUACUCAGUCGACGCGGCGCAGAGCAAAGCUUCCAAGGAUUUCUGGUGCCAACAGUUAGGAUCAACCAGUGCCGCACAGUUCCCUCGGCUGCCAUCUCCUGACUACCACCCAAGAUUGAGAGCUCAUCACAACCUCGAGGUAAAAUCACCAACUCUGCGUGGAACAAAACUAUCUGCGCUCGUGCGAGCGUCCCUAGCUCUUGCCAUCGGUCUUCACACUGGUCAAGAUGACACAUGCUUUGGUACUGUCAUGAGUGGCCGCGAUGCGGAUAUGCCCGGUAUAGACGAAGUUGUUGGUCCUACACUGGUAACAAUUCCAGUCCGCGUCACUUGGAGCCCCGAACAGACUGUCUCUCAGAUUAUUGAGAUGGUCGAUAGACAACAACAGUCUACGACCUCGCAUGAGCAUUUUGGUCUGCAGAAUAUCAGGAAAUCAAGUGUGGGAGCCUCUCGCGCCUGUAAUUUCCAGACCAUGUUGGUCAUUCAAUCCCCCUCACCAAGAGAUAAAACGCACAGUCUGUUUGGAGACCCUACAGAGACCGAAAUGCGAGACUCGCACGCCUUAGUCAUUGAAUGUACCUUGAAACCUGAUAUGCUUUUAUUUGAGGCUCGUUUUGACACUGCGGUAAUCACAACUAAGCAAUGCGAGCGGUUCCUCAAUCUGUGGGAACACAUAUUGCGGCAGUUGUCAAAUUCGGACGGCAACAUGACAAUUUCAUCCCUGAGCAAAAUCAGUCCAACAGACUGCCAGACUCUUGCAGCAUGGAACGAAAGUCUCCCGCCUCCUUCUCCGGGGCUUGUUCAUGACGGCCUCUCGCGCUGGAGCAUGUCAGAUCCAGACAACAUUGCUGUGGAAUCUUGGGACGGUACAUUAACUUACCGACAACUCGACGACUUUUCUUCAAGCCUCGCUCAACUUUUGAUGGCCACAAGCCCUGGUCCAAUAGUCCCCCUGUAUUUCCCAAGGGGUCUCCCCUUAAUCUUGGCCGUAUGGGCUGUGUUGAAGGCAGGCCGAGGAUUCCUAUGCCUCGAUCCCGAGAUACCAACAGACCGGCUCGCACAUAUACUGGAAGAGCUGAACAAUCCCAUGUUCCUUACGCAAAAUGCCACCCUACCUGAGCCACUCUCUUCCUUGAACUUUUGGACUAUUGAUCAUAACUACCUCAAUCGACUGACCCGGAAAACGCCCCCAAAGCCUUGGCAGUCCAACAUUUCACCACAUGAGAUUGCAUAUAUGAUAAUGACAUCCGGCUCAACAGGUCGUCCAAAGGGUGUCUUGAUCGAGCAUGAAUCUAUCAUGACCACCAUAUCCCAUAGCGGUCCAGCUUGGGGCAUUCGGAAGAGCUCACGAAUGCUUCAAUUCGCAUCCCUCGCAUUCGACGCUGCUGUCAUGGUGAUUCUGUCGGCGGCAGUGCAUGGUGCAUGCCUGUGCAUCCCGGAACAAAAAUUGAGCCUUGACGAGUUAACACAGUUUGUGAAGGAGAAGAAAGUGAACUGGGCCUUCUUCACCCCAUCCUUUCUCAGACUGGUAAGCCCUGCAGAGCUCCCUGGGUUGGAGACCGUCGCUGCUGGAGGGGAAGCAAUGACUACGGAAGUGUCCAAGAUCUGGGCUGCGAAAACUAAACUUGUCAAUGCCUAUGGCCCCUGCGAGUGUGCAGUUACUUGCGCAUGCACAAUUGUUGAUUGUGAUAGUGCAAAUAUCUCGUCUAUUGGCAGAGCCGUUGGCUGUUCGCUCUGGGUCGUGGAUAGAGAGGACCACGAACGCCUCGUUCCGCUUGGUACGGUGGGUGAGCUACUCAUCGAAGGCUCGAUUGUUGGCCGCGGAUACUUAAAUGAUGCCGAAAAAACAGCGGCGGCAUUUAUUUCGCCGCCACCUUGGACCGCGGGGUUUUCCAGGGACUUCUGUAAGAUGUACAAGACCGGUGAUCUGGUACGCUAUGACGAUGACGGUCACUUGCUCUAUGUUGGGCGAAAAGACAACCAAGUGAAGCUUCGGGGCCAAAGACUAGAGCUUGGUGAAGUGGAGCACAAUAUUCAACUCGUAGCUCCCGCUCACCCAGUCUUGAGCUUUGUGCCCAAGAAGGGAAUACUGGCGAAGCACUUAGUCGUGGUUCUUGGGGCAAGUCUUAGCAACCUUGUGCCAACGUCUGUUUACCAGGCCGUUCCUCUCCUGCGAGCUGAUUCGCACCAGAGUCAAGCUCACGAUAUUCGCCGUCAAAUCGCAAGAAAGCUUCCUGAUUAUAUGGUCCCUGAACGAUUUGCCUUUCUGCAAGACUUGCCGGUUUCCCUUUCAGGCAAGUUGGAUCGCAGAGUCAUCGAGAGUUGGCUAGAGCAGCUGACCAGUAUUGAUGAAUCCAUAUUUUCGACGGGAGAACAAAGCGAAACGCUGAAGUCUCGUGAGAAGUCAAGCACACGUACAGAAACUGUCAUGCAACGUGUCUGGGCUGCUGUUCUCGGCUUAUCGGAUGAUGCUGUGGCUGUCAACAGGUCCUUCCACGCAUUGGGAGGCGAUUCGAUUAUGGCCAUGCAAGCAAUCGCUCGUGGUCGCAAUCAAGGGCUAAAUAUCACCAUCAAGGAUCUCCUUCGGGGUGACGAUAUCAAGGUUCUCUCGCGGAGAUCUGACUCUGUUGUUGAUCCACGGCCCACUCAAUCUCUUCUGAAAAAGGGCCAGCCGAUGCCAUUAUCCGCCAUACAAACAGCUUACUCGCUUCUGGCUCCCAUAUCCCAGCCGCACCAUUUCAACCAGAGUGUUCAGGUACUAGCACAGAGACGCAUCUCUCCAGAGAAUCUACGCGCGGCUAUUAGGGCUGUUGUAUCACGCCACGAGUCGCUGCGUACAAGAUAUGACUUCACUAGACUGAGAACCCCUACACAGUGCGUGUCAGAAGAUGUAGAGGGGUCAUUCUCGAUAGACUUUUUACAAGUCAACUGCAGCUCGUCCUUGAAUGAACGUGUGAAGGAGUUCCAGUCCAUUCCAAACCCUGUUACAGGCCCACUUAUUCAUUGCACUUUGGUCGAACAGCCAAACAGCCUUCAACGAAUGAUUCUCGUGGCACCUCAUCUGGCUGUCGACAUUGUAUCAUGGAAGCUAAUCUUAGAAGAUAUCGAGACAGUACUCGAGGGACGAUGUUUGGAACCGGCCCCAUCAGUAUCGUACAUGGAAUGGUGUGAGAAGGCGCGUGUGCGGCAAGCAGUGAAGUUGAAUCUGCCCGGUCCACUUCACGACUAUUGGGGCUACGGAUCAAGUUCCCUCACUUAUGCCGAUGUAGCACGGGAAUCUUUCACUCUCGAUGGCCUUACCACGGAAGCCUGCUUAAAAGACAGCAAUGCCUGUCUUCGGACCAAGCCAACAGAUCUAUUCAUUGCAGCCAUUUUAUGGGCGUUCCGAAGUACAUUUGAUGGGAGGGAAUAUCCUGUUCUCUGCCUUGAGGGGCAUGGCCGACAGCGACCCAGCAUCGAUUUAGAUGUUUCUGGCACAGUUGGAUGGUUCACCACAGUUGUGCCUGUCCAUGUUCCAGUGGCCAAGGGAGAGGAUCUCCUUCAAUUCUGCAGACGUAUCAAAGAUGAGAGAUUUCAAUCUGAAAGUAUCGGAGCAGAUUUCUUUGAGGGGCAGUCACUCUCUGGCUCCAGAGAUGUGGACAUCCCAGAGAUUAUGGUGAAUUUCACGGGUGCUUCAAGGACCAGCGAAGGGAGCGGACUCCUCAUAGAGGAUGCAAACACUCCUGGCGACCUAUACGAUUUUAGUGACAGCAUGCGUCGCUUUGCUGUGUUUGACUUCUCGAUUUCCGUGGACAAGGGGGAGUUGAGGUUUGAGCUUCUCUACAAUCACAGCGUCAUCCAGGAAGAGCAUGUAAAGGAGUGGCUCUUCAAAUGCAAAUGCACAUUGGAGGAGAUAUCUGCUUUAUCGGCCACAUGUCAGCCACGGCCCACGAUAUCCGACCACCCUGAAAUGAUCAUGUCAUACGACAAUUUAGAUGGGCUAGGGCGUGAUCUGCAAAAUAUCGGCAUCAGCAUACUCCAGCGAGAGUUAGGGCCUUGGGCUGAGUCCAUCUUUCCAGCAACACCAGUGCAAAAUCAGAUGCUGCGGUCUCAAAAGGAGAAUUCUAAAUACUGGCAUGUGACAAUGAUGCUUCGGGCUUCCACCACGGAUUCUUCGCAAAUGGAUUUGGAUAGAAUAAUGAACGCAUGGAAGAAAGUUGUUACAACUCACGGGAUCCUGCGAACUAUAUUCUUGCCCAACCCACAGGCAUCCUCGACUGACUUCAUGAACAUUGUCGUCCAAAACAUAUCUCUGUCUGACAUGGUCAAUAUCAGCUCCUCCAUGAACUUGUUAGCAAUACCGCGAACGAAAUGGCGAUCUGCCAGACCACAACACCGCCUCCACAUCGCUAAAUAUGACGAGACGAGCAUGGUAUGCCGCCUUGAGAUCAACCAUGCUUUGGUUGACCAUGCUUCGAUACCCAUAAUCCUCGAGAACUUUUCUCGUGCGUAUCAGGACAGCUCUAUGCCUUUGCACGAAGUAUCCUACCAGAAGUACGCCUCGACAAUCCCCAGCAAAGGUACCCGGUUCUGGUCAGAUUACCUAGGCAAGGCUCAGCCUACGAGGGUGACGGGGUCAUCAACGCUGGACCUAAGGAGAAACGAGAGUCUAUUCUCUGUGCCGAUAAAUACUGAGAAUGUCAUCGAAUCUGUAGGCAGGAUCUUGAAGGCGCACGGGAUCACUGUUGCUACUCUGUUCCGUCUAGCUUGGGCACUAGUCUUAAGACAGCAUAUCGGAAUGGAAGAAGUUGUUUUUGGCUUCAUGAUCUCGGGUCGAGAUGGGCAGGUGGCAGAGGUUGAUCGUGUUGUUGGUCCUGCCAUCAAUAUCGGCGCAUGUCGGGUGAAAGAUUUUGAGCGAGGUACUCUCGCAUUGCUUAAGGCUACCCAGCAGGAUUUCUUUGACGUGCUGGAACAGCAACAUUCCCUCGUAACAUUUUUGAACAAGCAACGCAAGACAGACCCAACUGGGUUGUUUGAUACAAUCGUUAAUGUUAGGCAGCAUCAAAGUAAACAGAAGGCGUCGGGCUCGUUGGUUUUUGAAGAUCUGCCAGGUAGUGAAGACCCUUACGAGUACGCCGUAGUGGUAGAAGUAGAUGUACACGACGAGCUAAAAAGCACGGCUAGCAUGACUUGUUGGUCAGAGUCAAUACCAAAGCAGGAUGCACAGCAGUUGGCUGAACUCUUCAAACAAAGCCUGGAAAAGAUUAGCGCAGACAUCUCUGUUGAAAUGACUGAUACAAACGCUCCCUGUCGUCUAUUAGCUUCUUUCUUGGUUUUGGCUCGACAGGCAACAAUAAUCUUUGUUUUCUCACCUCAAAGUCAUCCUAUUCUUAUUCACGCCAGACAAGGCAAGAUGCACGACGAAAUGAGCAAGCAUCUCGCUAUUGGCGUGCUCGGGUGCGGCAAGCUCGGAACUGCAAUUCUCCAGGGUCUACUUUCUGGUGGGACCCAAAAGCUACCGCAACUGUAUACAAUCACCCGAGUCACAGUUUCGGUUAGAUCGGAGUCAGCCGCCAAGCUUCUCAGCAAAAAGCUUGAGGAUGCGCGCGCAGCUGCUUCAGAAUCUUCGGUCACCCCUAAGGUUCCGGAAGUACAGGUUCUGCGAGGCGACAGUCGGCUGCUCAUCUCGCAGUCCGACGUUGUUAUUCUAGGCUGCAAACCCUACGAUUUUGAGAAAGCCCUUGGGACAAGCGGCGCUCGUGAUGCUCUCCUGGAGUCGGCAGAUAGCAAGAUCCUAGUCAGCAUUCUUGGAGGAGUUUCUACCUCUCAGCUGUGGGACUGUGUACGUGGCGGUGGAAAUAGUGGAAAAGAGAUAAACCUGGAAAUUGUCCGAGUUAUACCCAACUUAGCAGCACGUUUAAGACAGUCAAUGACGGUCAUUGCAUUGCCUGAGAACGGCAGACCUUCUCCAGCGCAUGAAGUACUUACGCAACUGUUCUCAGAUAUCGGAGCCGUUGAGUAUCUGCCGGAGACACUCAUGGAUAACGGCUCUUCGCUCUGUGCAUCUACGACGGCCAUCUUUGCAACUUUGAUUGCAUCAGUGGCAAAGAGUGAUGGGGCUCUUGAGAUAGACACCCGCGGAGGCAAUUUGCGGAACAAUGCACUGCGCAUGGCAGCCUAUGCAGCCCGUGGGGCAGCCGACCUCAUACUUUCAGGCCAGAUUCCCGCAGAGAUCAUAUCCGAAGUCGCAACGCCCGGGGGUGCGACUAGAAAGGGGCUCGAUAAGCUUGAGGAGGACAAACUGCCCGAAUUGAUCAAUGAAGCCAUGGGUAGAAUAUACCAAGCUACUGGGGCCCUUGGAGUGAAAAAAGAUAAUUAA